UUUCGUUGUCUUGUUGUUUUGUCUGUGUGCGUGCCAGCAACACACAAGAGCAACACCAACACACAGCCAAGCCGAGCGAAGCAAGGCAGAGCGACACUUUGGCUGAAAGACACACGCAAACCUUUGUUGUUGUGUGUGUCUGCUGCUCUCACUCCCACACACCCUCCUUUCUCCAUCUCCCUGUUGUGUUCUUUGUAGCAAGAAGCACGCCAGCCAGUCAGUCACCUUUGCUUUGCUUGUUGCUGCGUUCAUUCGUUCGUGGAGUUGCUUCACGCUUGUUUACACUUGCGUUUGCUUCACCAGCUCCCUCCUUUUCUCCCUUUGCUCCCUCAUUCUCCCCUUCUUCUCUCCUUCUUCUUGCUUCUUCUCUUCUUCUUCUUCUCCUUGGCUUUCGUUGCACGCGUGCAAAGCUUGCGUCGGCGGUCGGUGUUUCUUGCCCCCGCCUUGCAUCUUGCUUGUUCCCCUCAAGUGGUUGCAUGUGUGUGCAUGUGCGAGUGUGUCAACCCGGACACAUCCCCACCCCCGCUUUGUUACGUUACUCCUCCUCCAUACACACCCCACCCACAUACGCAACCGCCGCGCUUGCAUGGGCGCGCACGACACAGGCCUCUCGACUUUCUGCUGUGUCGUUUGCCGUUUGUCUCAUCAUUCACCUCGCAACGCCGCCACGGGCACGCCGCUACAACUGCUGUUGCUGCCUCUACUGCUGCCUGACCACACUCCACCGCCCGCAGCGGCUCUGGACGUGAAUCAAAUCAAAACACGACAUCAAGCAACACACCCACCUUCCACCAGCACGGAACACAGCAAGCCAGUUACCAACCCACCAAGAGCAACCAAUCAGCCAACCCACGAAGCAACCGACCCAUUCAGCCAACCCACGAAGGCUGGCCAGCACCACUUCCACUUCCACUCACACACGCCACCACCCCCCCCCUCCCAACAUCAGCCACACCAUGCCACCAAAGUCUCCGCUGUCGCCGACGUCCCGCGCCAGCUCCAUCAGCCAAUAUCUGGGCGAGGAUGUCGGUGAGCGGCGCCGAAUCAUCCAACCAGACCACCUCAGCUUCACCCACUGCCUGGGCUCGGGCACCUUUGGCGAGGUGUUUCUGGCCGGGUGGAAGAACCGGUUGGUCGCUGCCAAGAGCAUCUUCGACGAUGAGCUGUUCCGCGAGGAGGCGGAGCUGCUCAGCGUCCUCUCCCACCGCAACAUCAUCCGCUACUACGGCGAGGUGCUCCAGUGCGACGCCGUCACCACCGUCACGGACGAGGUGUUCAACCUCAGGGGCCGCCACCUCCUCGUCACAGAGUACAUGCCCGGCGGCACGCUGCACAACCGCAUCUACAGCGACGAGGCAUACAAGCUCCACGACAUGAUCUCCUGGAUGCUUGACAUUGUCAGCGCCCUCGCCUACCUGCACUUUGACGGGCCCGCCUGUAUCCUCCACCUCGACCUCAAGCCCCUCAACGUGCUGCUCACCCGCGGCGGCGUGUGCAAGCUGGCCGACCUCGGUGCCGCCAUGCCCGCCAUCAGCAAGAGCAAAGGCACCAUCGAGCAGAAGAACAGCUCAGACAACCUCUCGCAGAAGGUGUGCGGCACCCCGCGCUACAUGGCGCCCGAGGUCAUUCGCGGCUCCCACUCCCUCACAGACCGCGCAGACAUCUGGUCCUUUGGCGUCCUCUGCGCCGAGCUUGUUGCCCGCCAAACGCCCUUUCCCGAGCUCAGCAACAACUUCACCAUCUCCUUCCUCGUCGGCACCAGCUUCAAGCACCCCGACCUGCCCCCGACCAUGACACCAACCCUGCGCUCGCUGCUCCUGCAGACGUGGCUGCCGCAGCCGCAGGACCGCCCCUCUGCACACCACAUCCGGCACGAGCUCGAGACGUACCUGUGCAAAGUCGUCGCUCGCCAUGAGGAGGAUGUCACCAUCAGCACCUCCGCCAGCAGGGGCGCGUCUGUGUCCGGGUCAGGGUCCAACGGUAGCGCCCGCGACUCCCGCACGCCAGAUGGUGUGCGCGGUGGCAGCCUGGGGGAGCACCUGUUCUCCGAUGACGAUGACGAAGAGGACCUGUCCAGCGGCCUUUCCUUCAACAUUGGCCAGCACACGCAGCUCAACCGCCCACAACAACACCACCACCACCACCACCACCACCACCACCACCACCACCUCCCACAGCGUGGCGACGUGGCUGCUGCACACAAACACCACCACAAACACCGCUACAGGCUGCGGCGGCAGCAGGCGCAGCACAGCGCCGGCGGUGAAGAGGAGGAGCACGUGGACAACGGAUAUGAGGAGGACACGGAGGACGGUGAUGAGGAAUUGAGAGAUGAAUACGACCCGGGCGUGCUUGCGCCGUCGCACGAAACAGCAGCAGCACAGCGCAGGAAGCCGCGUGGCAGCAGCGAAGGGGCCGAACAAGAAGAAGAAGAAGAAGAAGAAGAAGAAGAAGAAGAAGAAGAAGAAGAAGAAGAAGAAGAAGAAGAAGAAGAAGAAAUCGUCAAUGAUGGCUGUAUUGGUGUUGGUGUUGGUGUCAGUGUUGGUGACGAUGGUGACGAUGAUGACGGCAUUGAUGGGAGCGGUCGUGCGACCACGGCCACCAGCAUCAGCAGUCGAGGCGGCAGUAAGCGAACAUCCAGGGGCGGAAGUGCAAGCGGCGUGGAGGAGGACCGUGUGGGCAAGGCAAGUGAGAAACAGAGUGGAGACAGUGGUGAAGCCGCGCUGAUUGCGUCUGAGGAAUGGGAUUCGUAUCGCACAACGCCACCACCACCACAGCCGCGCUACCGCCGCCGCCAAUACCGCCAUCGUCUCGGCGACAUUGCUGGCCACCGACCCUUUGCCCUCAACAACAACAAACACAGCAACCACAUCCCGCACCCGCAGCCGUCACACGGCCACGAGCACCACCGCCACUUCGAUGUGCAGGAGCUCCGCCAGCCGCUGCAUUCGAUUGGAUCGCAAUCAAGCGACCGCAGCAGCAGCAUUGCAGAUGGGGGCAGCGUUGGGCUGGAGCUUCCUCUUGGGAGGACAGGCACGCUGCUGCCAUCGCCGCUGGAAGACGACGACAACAAGCAAGUGAACAGCACCACUGCGCACGUUAGCCAUGGAGAUGGUGGAGUCGGUGUCGGUGAUCCUGAUCGUAAUGGCGACGCAGACCCAGCGGCAGCAGCAGCUGAUGAUCAUCGUGACAAUGAAGAGGAGGAGGAGGAAGAAGAGGAAGAAGAGGAAGGGCUGAAUGUGCAUCUCCUGACCAGCCAGGGUUCCUCUGGCUCUGUGUUUGAGCCUUACGACCACGAGAGCACCCAUCCACUGCCGCACCCCUAUGUUGAGUUUGGCAGCCCGCGCACGUCGCGUCGGCAGUCGAUGGAGCACCUCCCCUUUCUCUCCCUAGCGUCCCCAACACCGCCGUCCCCGCCGCCGCCGCCGCCACCACCAGCAGCAGCGGAGGACCCGCACCGCACGGGCGCGGAUGGAGACGAGGAGGACGAUGCGACAGACGCGUCGCCGCUGUGCGUGACCACCAGGACGGUAUCGCCACCCCACACGCCGCAGCCGUCGUCGUCACCGUCGCCAUCAGCACCAUCACGCAUGGCGCAGGAGGCAGCGUCGCUACAUGCCCUCGCCGCGCGGCUGAAACUGUGGGAGCAGCGGCUGACGCAGCGAGAGCAGGAGCUGACGGUGAGGGAGGCAGCGCUGAUGAGUAAAGAGGAGCAGGGCCUGCGCCCGAAGCGAUUGAGUCGUGUGUUCAGCAGUGGCGACCUGUCGCUGUCAACAUCGCACGGCUACUCGCCAACAACAACCACCAAUGGCGGUGGCGGCGGUGGCAGCUGGAGGCAAUAGAUGACACGAAUUGAUGGCCACAGCUCAUGCAGCCCUGCUUUUGCUGGGGCUAGUGUUUGUCCUUUGCACAUUGUGUGCUGAUAGUGCGCAUAUCAUUCAUUCGUGACAACUCCGUGUGACGACAUUACUCCCCCUUGUACAUGAAGCGGUUUCACUUUCCUUUCCAGUGUGAUAUUCUCGUGUUACAACCUGACAUGACAACUCUGUCUUGUUUCGUUUCGUUUCUGUUCACAUCAAACCACUGUUGCGUGUUCACGACUGGUGUGGUUGGUGCGUGACAGUGUUGUUACCGCCAAUGUGGUUGUAGGAUUACCUCUGUAUCAGAUGUUAUACUGCUGCUGCUAAUGAUGAUGAUGGUGGUGAUGGUGAUGUUGUUCUAUUGCCAUGUUAAUCAAAGCGGGUGCUUGCGUUGCUCAUUUGAACGAGCCAGUGUUUGACAUGAGUUGACCUCCCUCAAAGAAUAACCGAUCAUGACCAA